GCAUUGUACCCUUAUUGUACAAUCCAAUAUCUCAAUUGACCACCGUAGUUAAAGUAUACUUCAAAUUGAAUCCAGUUUCAUAUGUUACUUUUAAUGUAACAGCUUCUACAUACCUUAAUCUCUGUCUCAAACUUUAUAUUCCCUUGAUAGAAUACGUAAGAAGCAAGAAAUAUACAUAUUUUUAAAGCAAUUGUAAACUAAAGUUGCAGAUAUUACUUAAUGUAACGUGAAAAAGGUAAUCAAACAGUUCGGAGUCUCAGAAUUUUCGAUUCUAAUUUAUCUUGUGAAAUGAAGUAUGAAGUGUAUGUAUGUCGAAAUUACAUGGAACAUUCAUUAUAUUUGAUUGUAAAGUACUACGAAAUAAUUUCUUUGCUCGAUAUUAACCAUCCUUAGGUUAUGAAUCUCAUACGCGUAUUAUAAUGGGAUAUGGCCGUAUUUAAUGUUUGUAUAAUUUUUCUUUCUUAUUAGAAUAAUGAGUCAAACUGCUUGCGAUCCUACAAUCGAAAGACAUUUUAAAGGUCAUGAAAAUGUUAUUACAAGUUUAUGUUUUCAUCCUGAGACGACUCAACUUGUAUCUAGUAGUUUGGAUAAAACUAUAAUGCUGUGGAAUUUAAAGGAAUCCGUAAGAGCUUACAGAUUUCUAGGACAUAAGGAUGUUAUUAACAAUGUCACCUAUGCACCAUCUGGUGAAGUUAUAGCGAGUGCUUCUAGAGAUAGAUCAGUCAGAAUUUGGGUUCCUAAAGUAACAGGACAAUCUAUAGAUUUCAAAGCGCAUUCGGGAGCUGUUAGAUCGGUAGAAUUUAGUCCAGAUGGAGAGAAGUUACUUACUGCAUCUGAUGAUAAAAGUAUUAAGUUAUGGAUCGUAUGCCAAAGAAGAUUUCAUAUGUCAUUUUUGAGUCAUACAAGUUGGGUAAGAUGUGCUAAAUUUUCUAACGAUGGCAGACUCUUUGUUUCCUGUAGUGAUGAUAAAACAACAAAAUUAUGGGAUGUCACUAGUGGGCAAUGUAUUAGAACAUUAAGUGAUAUGAAGGCUUCUAACACAUAUGUGGAAUUCCAUCCAAGUAGUUCUGUCAUUGGAUGUGCAAAUAUGGCUGGUAGCAUAAAAUUGUAUGAUCUGCGUUCUACUGCUUUAUAUCAGCAGUAUGCAUCUCAUACUGGUCCUGUGAACAUGAUCAAAUUUCAUCCCAGAGGAAAUUUCAUGCUAACUGCUUCUACCGAUUCUACAAUGAAGGUUUUAGAUUUGUUAGAAGGCCGUCCAAUUUACACGCUUAAAGGGCAUGCAAAUGGUACAAGCAUAACUGCUAUAACAUUUUCUUCUAACGGUGAAUUUUUUGCUUCUGGUGGAGCAGAUCGCCAAUUACUAAUGUGGAAAACUAAUUUUACUAAUAAUGAUAUUGCUUGCAAGGAUACUGGACAAAUAAUUUCAUGUGUUAAAGAAGCUAAAACCAAUGAUAAAAAUGAAAAACAGGAGUUCUCACAUGAUAAAGUUGAUAAUAAAGAAUUACAAGAUAGUAGUAAUUGUCGGUGUGAAGCACCAGAUCUUGAAGUUUUGAAUACAAGAGUUGAAAACAUGGUUGAUCUAAAAGCUCAGAAACCUUAUGAACAAAAUUGUAUUACGAAUGGAUCGUGUCUGUCUAAAAACUUCUCUGAUGCUCAGAUUUCUAUGCAAUCAACUAAUGUAGUAGAUGCACUCAAUGACCAGGUACAGUCAUUACGCGAUACUGUUAUUAGUUUAGAACAACGUCUAACAGUAUUAGAGGAACAAUUAAGAAAAUAAACAGUUUGCAUUUUAUUUAUGAAAUCGCAUAAUUACUACAUUUCCGAUGUAAAUAGCUAAUGUAUUUUUUAAAAUUAUUUCUCUUAAGUCAAAAAAUAACAGAAUCAACAAAUAGCGUUCACCUAAGUAAGAAUAAGACAAGUCUGAUUAUUUUUGCAUAAAAGUUUAUAUAAAAGUAUUUAACAAGAAAUCAGAAGACAGAUUUAAUUAUGAAUGACUGAUACUGUGGCAAUAAUAGUCCAAAACCAAAUUUUGUCAAUGUUAAACAUUUAAUUAAAUAAUAUUGGAAGAAUAAUGUAAUUUAAAAAGUCAUAUCAUUCUUAUAUGCAUGAUAUAUUUAACUUAAUUUAAAAAAACAAUUACUCUUUUACUCCUAAAAAUUUACAUGCCUUUCCAGUUGUUUUAAUAACAUUUAAUAUUUCGUCGGAAGAAAGUGUAGUUGUUACCAGUAGUUUCUUGCCUGCUAAAUCAAUCUGUAUAUUAUCAAUACCUAUAAAUGAACAAUUAAAGACACAAACAAAGUAAAAGCAAAGAAUCGAA